AUGCAUCGCCCCCCAAUGCACCGACCAACGGACGGCCGUUCGGAACAACCGUUACUCAAGGACGAUGAACGUCGUCUCUCACGAUCCAGUUUCGACAAUGGUGAUGCAGAGGGACGACCUAUGUUACACCACACCCGCAGGCCCACCAUCCGGAGUAAAAGCCCCGAAAAAGACGCCGCCAAAGCCACCCGCAAAAAGUAUUUGGUCGCUUUGGGCUUUUUAUUGUUGAGCUUGGUUAGCUUUGUGAUACAAACUGAAACUGCCGUGUAUAUUCAGCAUGAGCUAGGAUGGAAUAAGCCGUACUGCAUGCUCUAUAUUACCCACGGCUCUUGGAUCUUGCUCUGGCCGUUCCAGCUGCUCAUUCUCCGAAUCCAGAAACGAAAGCUAUCAUGGGAAGCAUUCUGGCGCCGGCAUGUCUCUCUCCUUCGAAGCACCGCCCAAAUGGUAGAAACCCAAGAGGUCCACGUAUCUUCGCGUCACGCCCAUCGUUCCCCGGUCCCAUAUAUGCUGAAGACGACGGCUUUUGUCACCAGUGCCCUUACUAUCGCCGGUGGCUCGUGGUACGUAGCCGUCAAUUUGACCACCGCGAGUGACUUGACCGCAAUCUACAACUGCUCAGCUUUCUUUGCAUACGCUUUUUCGAUUCCUCUACUUAAAGAGAAGCUGCGGUUAGACAAAGUCCUCGCCGUGGGUGUUGCGAUCGUCGGCGUGCUUGUCGUGGCAUACGGCGACCGGCCGGACAAGAAAGUCUCCAAGGGCGGAACAACCAAUGCAGACGGCGAAGCGCAAAGUCGACUACUGGGUAACGUCGUUAUUGGAGUGGGGAGUAUCCUCUAUGGGCUCUACGAGGUCUUGUAUAAGCGGUUUGCGUGCCCUCCAGAGGGCACUAGUCCGGGCCGGGGCACCAUCUUCGCGAAUACAUUUGGCAGUCUUAUUGGAGCAUUCACCCUUACUGUCCUAUGGAUUCCAAUCCCAAUCUUCCACUAUCUAGGUUGGGAGGAAUUCCGCUUCCCUACCGGCGAGGCAGGUCGGAUGCUUAUUGUUUCGAUCUGUGCCAAUGCUACAUUCUCCGGAUCUUUCUUGGUCCUCAUUUCCCUCACAUCUCCUGUUCUCUCCUCCGUCGCUGCGCUCCUAACGAUCUUCCUCGUCGCUAUCGUCGACUGGUUCCGUACCGGCCAACCUCUUUCUUCCGCAGCCAUUGUUGGCGGCGUCCUCAUCAUAAUUGCAUUUUUCCUCUUGAGUUGGAGUACUUACCGUGAACUCAGCGAGGAAAGGAGAAAGCACCUUGAAGAAAAUGAUCAAGUUGAGUCAGAAAGUGACGAAUAG